GAAGCGGAGGACGGCGAUGAAGACCAGAAAGAGGCUCGAAGGGGCGACAUGCUGGACUCGUCCUCCAGAAUAAUGAAGAAUUUAACACCAGGAGGGGGAGCAAUGGCAGCGCCGAGCAGGAACUCCAACAACAAUGAUCUCCGCGUCGCGCACGCCAAGGACUUCGCUUCUGCCUUAUGUGAAGACACCACGCAAUCCGCGUUCCUCCUCUGCCAGGGAGAUGCCUCCAGCUUUUGCGCCCCGGUCACCAGGUGUGGCGCGGAAAAGACCCCAGGCGAGGAUGGCACCGGACGGAGAUGCGUAAUCAACGGAGACUGCAGAAAAGACGCGGCCACCUCCGGGAGCUUGUCCUCGAUUCUCUCUAAACAGGAGAAGCAGACAGGUGGAGGUGGUCACUCCGCCACCGCCAGCAUGGAUGGCUCGGUCACUCCUUUAGCACAGGGAGCCACAGAAAAGAAGGACUCGAGAGUUUCUUUCUCAAACGCGCCUAGCAGAAAAGCGUCCUCACCUGCCCACGGAGCGACCCCGAACCAGCAGCCAGGGAAUUUUGUCAGCUUUCCCAAGUCCGAGGAUGGACAGAUUGUGGCAGACGACGGAGACUCAAGUGACAAUCAAACUUAUAUGCAGAGACAGUUCAGUUCCAUGCUACAGCCCGGGGUCAAUAAAUUCUCGCUGCGUAUGUUUGGGAGCCAAAAGGCAGUGGAGAAAGAGCAAGAACGGGUCAAGUCGGCCGGCAAUUGGAUCAUUCAUCCUUACAGUGAUUUCAGGUUCUACUGGGAUUUCACAAUGCUUAUGUUUAUGGUGGGCAACUUGAUUAUCAUCCCUGUGGGCAUCACCUUUUUCAAGGAGGAGACCACCACUCCUUGGAUUAUCUUCAAUGUGGUGUCCGACACUUUCUUCCUCAUGGACCUGGUACUGAACUUUCGUACAGGCAUUGUCUAUGAAGACAACACAGAGAUAAUACUGGACCCUGAAAAGAUCAAGAAGAAGUACCUGAAGACGUGGUUUGUGGUAGACUUUGUCUCAUCCAUUCCGGUGGAUUAUAUCUUUCUCAUCGUAGAGAAAGGGAUUGACUCUGAGUUUUACAAGACAGCAAGGGCGUUGCGGAUUGUGCGUUUCACCAAGAUCCUCAGUCUACUGCGACUUCUUAGACUGUCCAGACUCAUUCGGUACAUCCAUCAAUGGGAGGAGAUCUUUCACAUGACCUAUGACCUGGCCAGUGCGGUAAUGCGCAUCUUCAAUCUAAUUGGCAUGAUGUUGCUGCUGUGCCACUGGGACGGCUGUCUGCAGUUCUUGGUGCCCAUGCUUCAGGACUUCCCUUCAGACUGUUGGGUGUCCCUUAACAAGAUGGUGAACGACUCCUGGAGUGAGCUGUAUUCCUUUGCCCUGUUUAAGGCCAUGAGCCAUAUGCUGUGUAUUGGGUAUGGACGGCAGGCCCCUGAGAGUAUGUCUGAUAUCUGGUUGACCAUGCUGAGUAUGAUUGUUGGAGCCACCUGCUACGCCAUGUUUAUUGGUCAUGCCACUGCUCUCAUACAGUCGUUGGACUCUUCCCGUCGCCAGUACCAGGAGAAGUACAAGCAAGUUGAGCAGUAUAUGUCUUUCCACAAACUUCCGGCCGAUUUCCGGCAGAAGAUCCACGACUACUAUGAGCAUAGAUACCAGGGCAAGAUGUUUGAUGAAGAAAGCAUUUUGGAAGAGUUGAACGAGCCAUUGCGAGAGGAAAUAGUCAACUUUAACUGCCGAAAGUUAGUGGCAUCCAUGCCGCUCUUCGCCAACGCAGAUCCCAACUUUGUGACAGCUAUGUUAACAAAGCUUCACUUCGAGGUCUUCCAACCAGGAGAUUACAUCGUUCGUGAGGGAACCAUAGGAAAGAAGAUGUACUUCAUUCAGCAUGGUGUAGUCAGCAUUCUGACCAAAGGAAAUAUUGGCAUGAAGCUCUCUGACGGCUCCUACUUUGGGGAGAUCUGCCUGUUGACCCGUGGAAGAAGAACUGCCAGUGUUCGAGCAGACACCUACUGCCGUCUAUACUCACUCUCUGUAGACAACUUCAAUGAAGUAUUAGAGGAGUACCCCAUGAUGAGGAGAGCCUUUGAGACGGUAGCAAUCGACCGCCUUGACCGAAUAGGCAAGAAGAACUCCAUCCUUAUGCAUAAAGUACAGCAUGAUCUCAACUCUGGUGUCUUCAACAACCAUGAGAACGAGAUGAUUCAGGAGAUUGUCAAGUAUGAUCGGGAAAUGGUUAAAUUGGUGAAACAAGGAGACAUGCAGCGGCCCAGGGCCAUGUCCAUGACUCCUUCAACCCAUGGUAGCUUUUUUGGACCUUCCAGCCAGCCCUCCACCAGUUCUGCCAUUGCCACCCUCCAGCAAGCUGUGGCCAUGAGUUUCUGCCCCCAGAUGGGCAACUCUCUAGUUGGUUCUGGGGCCGUCCAAUCUCCCUGCAUGGUGAGGCGGUUCCAGGUGGUCCAGAGCCAGACUCCCCCAGGCUCCCAGUACUCUACAUUAGCCCUUGCCUCAGCUCUUGCCAACACACCUGUCCAUAGCCCUCUGGCCACAACUGGUCGAACUUUCCAGUAUGGUUCCAGCCCUCCGGGUGCACCCUCGGGCUCCCAGCUAUCCCUUGUACACCAACACGUUCCCAGCCCCACACAUCGACCACCAGGCCCCAGGAGCACUCUAAGCCAGGAUGCCCGAGCUCUGUCUGCAUCCCAGCCAUCCUUGCCCCAUGAUUUGGUGCAACCAGCUGCCCCAAGUCCUGCCCAGUCAACCAGAGUCUCCUCCACCUCCAUUGGCCCCGCUCAUAACCUUCCAGGUCCUGCAGGUCUCAGAGGUAGCAGCCCUCUAAGAAUGGCACUGCCCCACCAAAUGUCUGUAGGUGCAUUCCCCCCCGCUUCCCUCCCCCAGAUGAGACCCAGCUUGGAUUCAGGACUGCCCAAGAAGGAUUCAAUAAUCAGCCUGCCAGAGACUGACCACCACCCCAGAUCUAGAUUAUCGUCAAAUUUGUGACAAUGAUGGAACUGGUGGGCACUGCCAGUGUUGGGAACCUGUGGACAUUCCCUCACCAAUAACUUUUCCCAUUCCUUUGUCACACUUUGGAUUUUACUCUCAGAAUGUAUGUGGUGUGACCGGCCACAAAAAAAAAAACAUAUAACGAACAACAUCCAUCCAUCCAUCCAUCCAUCCAUCCAUCGUCAACCGCUUAUCCUGUGUACAGGGUCGCGGGGGGCUGGAGCCUAUCCCAGCUAACAUUGGGCGAAAGGCGGGGGACACCCUGGACAGGUCGCCAGUCCAUCGCAGUAACGAACAACAUAUCUGUUUAAUUCCUAACAGAAUUGAGACAUUUCCAUUGUACCUAUAAUAUAAACAUCAAUGUAGCUUGCACCAACACAGUUUGCCUCUUUUGGAUUGUUUUCUUUAUUGUAGCUGUUCACAAAGAUUACAAAUGUACCAACCUUUUAUAUUCUGUAAUCCAAAUGAUGCAUACUGACAUGAAUACCAGGACAUUGCAGUUUGCUUUUAAUCAAAACGUAGGAGGUUAUUCCCUCUUUUCAACAUGAACCAGCUAGACAAUAUAUAUUUAACCUAUAAUGUUCAAUAUUAGAAUUGUUAUAGGCAGAUCAGUGGAAUCCAGGUUAUGAAAAGGGAUGAAUUCUUACUGGAAUUGCUGUCCAUGUUUUUUUUUCAAGUCUUUUGGUAUUCAGACCAAAGUUGGGCCAAAAGAAAAAUGUUACCAUGAGGUUACAUGUAAAGGUGUGUCAAAUGAAAUGAAAGGAUACAAAUAUAAUUGAAUUGCAUUGAUUUUGACUAAAACUUUGUG